CAAGAAUAUGGCGAUUUCCAGCACCCCAAACUGACUUGACUCAGCAUAGGCCUAGAAAAAUUCCGUCUGUUUCACUUUCUGUUGGUGCAAAGAAAAUAUUUAGUGUAUAGUAGUUUUAGAACAAGAAAUAAAGAUGAUAGACGUCACAGUGAAAACUCUGGACUCUCAGAAUAAGAGUUUUAGUGUGGAAGAAGAGAUGACUGUACGCCAGUUUAAAGAGAAAAUAGCUGACUCAAUUAAUAUUUCUGCAGACACACAAAGGUUGAUUUUCCAAGGAAGGGUUAUGCAAGAUGAAAAGCUUUUGAAAGACUACAACGUACAUGGAAAAGUGAUCCAUGUUGUUCACAGAAUGCCACCAAGUGCUAGACCCCCAAGUUCAUCAUCUGGAGGGGCCACUCCCUCCCAUCGGCCUCCUGGGGGUAGAGAUGUAAACAGUUUUGUCAUUGGGUCAGUUUCCGUCCCCUCUGAUGCAGUGGACACAGAUGAAAUCCAGAACAUUGUACAAGAUGCCAUCAGUGGGAUGGGAGAUAUGGGAAGAAAUGCCAGAGUAUCUACCAGAACCUCAAACGAUGGAUCAUCAGUAGAUGUACAUAUACAUUUGGGCCAAGGUCAAGGUCAGGUGGAAAGUGAAUCACAGCAAAGAAUUAACCACGCCAGACAGAUGUUACGAAUAGCUCAAGAUAAUCUCCAAACAUUGGAGAAUCGCCAGAGAGCAGGUGAAAGAACAGAUGCUACUGAAUCAUCAACAACAAAUGGCUCAAAUGCCACACCACAGGGACCUGAUCAAUCCCAGCAAGCAACUGGAGAGAGUAGUGAUGUUACCAUGGAGAGUGACGAGUCAUCCAGCCAAUCACAGGCACAAACAAGUCAAACAAACAGCCAAUCCCAGCAGUCAAGUCAGGAGGGGGCGGGAUCCUCUCAAAGUGGAGCCACACCAGAACAACCCAGGAUGGUUCGUCCCCGUAUAUCCGCUUUGGGAGAGGUACUGAAUGAAGUACAUGAAAUUAAUCGCCGAUUCCAACCCUUCCUUGAACAAUAUCAGCGACUCCUGCUGGAUGAUCCGGAGUUGUCUGAACAGGAAGUUCAUGAAAAUACCCAGCUGUGUAACCUAGUAGGGGAAAUAACUCAUGCAAUCAGUCACUGUUACCACAAUUUGAGUGAUUUGAUGAUAGAUCUAAAUCAAGCGCGACCUCGACACUUAUAUGCUGCAUUUAUCUCCCCUCCUGUCCAGACAACCCUCAUACACCAGCAAACUAUACCAGUACACAUUAAUGCCUCUCCUCGUCAGAGUCCAAGAGCUGGAAGAAGGAAUACCGGAACUCAGUCAACUGUGUCCACCUCAUCAAGUUCUACAUCCACCCCUACACCACCCACAAAUGCUGCUGGAUCUCAGACAGAAAGAACUAGCACCCAAUCCACAGGGACAAGCACAGGGCCCACUUUUACAGCUGGGAUGCCACAUGCUGGUGCCACAGGGAACCCACCCGAGGGCUCAGAACCUCUGUUCCAAAUGAUUGACAUGGGCCCGGAUUCUGUUACAGAGAUUUCUGCUCAUGUCAUUACAACAGAGAGGGAUAUGCCAACAGGUUCAAUACAGGUGCCUGCAGCCUCGUCAUCUAGUGGCACCAUGCCGGCCAUACCUCCAGACCUGAUCCAAAACAUCGUAUCCUCAGUGAUGAUGGGCACCAUAGACCCAUCUGGAAGAGUGCAAGUGAAUCUGCCUGGAACUAGAAGCUAUGCUGAGGCUGCCACAUCUACCCCAGUCACAGCAACUCCUAGCAAUACAUCAACUUCAGAAACUAAUUCAAGCUCUACACAGACAAACCCAGGACAGACAAACUCUUCAGAGACCCAGACUGCUGCCUCUGUUACAAACACCUCAGGCACCCAGACUCGUCCUCGCGCUGCAGCGUUUGUAGUGCCAGGUUUACCAGGAGGAUUACCCCCAGGACUUCCUGGAAUACCUGGGAUCGGAGGGAUGGGGGGAAUGAGGGGCGGGGUGGAUCCAUACUUACCCUGCUCGUCCCGACAUUUCCUCAGACAGCAAGUCAGAAAUGCUGCCGGGCAAGGAGCUCAAGUACAGAUAAGCAUGCCAAAUUUAAUGGCAAACGUAAUGGGUCAACUACAAACCCAGCAGAGUGGACCUAGGACGACAGGAACAGCUAGUGCCAUGCCCAGCUCUGCACCCAGAACAGCAACAAGCACCUCUUCUACUGGAGGGUCAGCACCAUCAGCCCGGGUGGGUGGUACAACAACCACCACAGGGUCUUCUACUUCCACGUCAAGUUCCUCCUCCACCUCUGGACUGCCUCCUAACUUCCACUUUGCCCAGUUUCCUGGUGGGCCGGGGAUGCCCAGUGUCUCUAUACAGAUGGGCGGCUUACCAGCUGGAGUGCCAUUUCCCCCGGGCAUGUUUGGAGCGGGCCAGAUAGGAAAUGUGUUAGGAAACAUGAUAGGAGGUUUAGGAAUGAUGAGGCCUGGUGCUCCACUAGGCACCCCUGCUCCAGGAAUGAGACCACCCCAGCCCCAGAGCAACAGACCCCCCUCUGAGCCCCAGGGUGCUCCUGCUGGAGGUUCACAGCCUGGGGGAGGGCAGCAGGGAGAACCUGUGUUUGUCCAAAUGCUGAGGUCCAUGCUGGCAACAGCUCAGCAGCAGUCUGGUCCCCCCGCCACCCCUUCUACCACAGCCUCCACUCCUGCCGGAUCCACCACCACCCCUGCUGGAUCCACUCCCACGAGCACCUCCUCCCCGGCUUCCUCUAGCACCACAGAGCCCGUGAUGACUGAUGAUGUGUUUGCUUCCUUGGUUCAGGGAAUCAGUGGGAUUGUAACCAGGACGGCGUUAGGACAGGGUCCUCCUGAGACCAUCUCUACCUUCCUGUCAAACCUUGGAGAAAAUCACCAGAUUGUGCCAGGAGAGGCAGGUUUCAUUCAUGAUGUUUUCAAUGUGGUAUCUAAUCACCUGACCUUCCCCCAUCUAAUACAAGUAUUUUAUGGGUCGGGACAGCCCCUGGAUCAGCUGCGGGGGCCAUUACAGCAGUUCUUCCGUGAGAGGAUCCUGAACGGUCGGGAGGCAAGCCCCGAGAACAUCGUCCAGGCUGUAGAUACUCUCGUUAAUGACAUGCAGGAAGAACUGAGAGAAACAGCUAGUGUUUCAGAAGUAAAGCCACAGAUCAAUCUAGUUGAGACCUGGAAUAAUUUUUUCAGAACACAGUUAAUAAGCAUCAUUACAUUCAUCAUGAGAGCAGAGUCAGAUGGAGGAUUUGGUCAGGAGUUGUACAACAGAAUGAGACAGGCUCUCUCCGUGCUGAUUAUACUGACUCGACACUGUUUAACUGGAGGCAUGGCUGGUCUCCAAGCCCUGAUACAAAAUCGUCUGCAAUACAUCACACGAGGAGUGAAUCCCAUGAUUCAACAGUGGAUGAUAACUGUUACUACACAACAGCUGAAUCAAUUCCUGCCAACAAUAACAGUAACUGAGGCUGACAUUACGACUUACCUGGCCCUGAAAAAAGAAAAGAAGGCGGGAGAGGAGGCCGCCAAACUGUCUCCCAUGGACACCACCUCCCCAGGGGCCUCACAGCCAGAGGCAGGCGAGAGCAAGCAGAUGGAUGUAGACAUGUCUAAGCCAGAGGAAGCAGCUGCCCAGCCCAGCACUAGCAGACUAGUAAAUGGAAAUAACUCCAGUACCAGAAAGCCUGCGACAGCCCCCAAACCAGAGCCUGCCGGGGCUGCCAUGAGCUCAGAGGGCUGGGAAAGAGAGGUCCCUGCUGAAUGGGUGCCAGUAAUUAAUGGUGAUGUUCAAAAACAAAAACAACAGAGGCACCAACCUCCAUUUAGUGAUGCCUACUUGAAUGGAAUGCCCCCAAAACGUAGACGACUGAUGACACAAGACAGACCUGGUGACCUUGCCAAUACUCCGCAGUCCUUAACAGAUCAGCUGACAGAGGCAGUGAGGGUUGCAGGGGUACAGCCUAUUAGCAGCAUGGAGAACAUGAGAACAGAGGCCAGUACCGACACAGAGCUACAGUCAGCGUACGACGAACAAGUUCAUAACGCCAUAUCUCACAGAGUGUCCCAUGAUACAGACUACAACAAAGACCGAUUCCCUAACACAGAAUCUUACUUUAAUGAUGAUGAUUAAUUCUGCUUCUAACAAGAACUCCAGAGUCAGCUGUGUCAUGUUCAGAAAUACUUCAGUAUUUGUUCUAUUUGUAAUAUCACAGUCAUUUCCUGGAUUUCAGAAGAGUUGUGUUGGCAGCUUCUAGACAUGGACAAGUUAUAAUGAUGUUUAUCAUCAUUUUUACGUAGGAAAGAUUUGCCAAUAGAAUACUUUUACUGCAUAGAAGUUGUUUAAUUUUACUUGAUGACCAAAUAUAAUGAAACUUUCUGUUGUCAUAUUUUAAAGGAAUGGCCUGGAUAUCAGAGACAUUGUAUUCUGAUCAGUUUUAUUUAUUUUAAAUAAUUUUUGUCAUUGAAAUAAAUAUUAAAUCUUCAAA